UUGUAGAUUUUGGGAUUUUGGUCAUUUCUGUUUCGGGCUUUGACCGCUCGCGCAUGUUUCUAGUCAUUUGAACUUUUGGCAUUUAUAUUUUGUACAUACACAAACUUCAACCAUGUGUGGGGGAUUCACAUGUUCCAAGAAUGCUCUUACAGCGCUCAACAUUAUGUAUAUCAUUGUCUCUUUUAUUCUCAUUGGCGUGGCCGCAUAUGGCCGCGUGUCGAGCAUCGUGACCAACAUCACCAUAUUUGGUGCGGUGAUAGCCUGUGGUGUGUUCCUGCUGCUUCUCUCCCUUGUCGGUCUCAUUGGAGCAGUCAAGCACCACCAAGUGCUCCUCUUCUUCUACAUGGUGAUCCUGUUCCUGCUCUUCGUGGUACAGUUCAGUGUGGCCUGUGCCUGUUUGGCCAUGACAGAGGACCAGGAACGAGAGCUGGCCAGCCAGGGUUGGAAGAAGGCCUCCCCUGCAGUCAGGGCACAGGCAGAGCGCAUAUUCCGGUGCUGUGGCUUCGAACGCAAUGCCUCAGACCCCACGGCAGAGCCACAGUGUGAGCACGUGCCGACAUGCUGCCCACCGCAGGAGAUUCCUCCUGAUGGCACGUGCGAGUGCCAAGGAUGCUGGUCUGCCCUGCAUCAAGCUAUUCGCAAUGGGCUCAAGAUCACAGGUGGCAUUGGAAUGUUCUUCAGCUUCACAGAGUUCAUCGGGGUGUGGUUGACGGUGCGGUACCGCAACCAGAAGGAUCCUCGUGCUAACCCUAGCGCCUUUCUGUAACCACUAACACCCACUCUCCAGUGGCUUCUUGAAAUGGCUCUUUUGCGAGGGGGCUCUCUCUGGUGCCACGAGUUGGUGGCUGUAUUUGUGGCUUACCGUUACCGGCUUCAAAAAGACCCCGAGGUGGAUCCUUACCUUCUGCUGGGUGGAGGAGCUCGUGUCACGUGACAAGCCACCCUUCUCUCUUCCUUCUCCUCUCCACAUAUUUUCUGACAUUCCUCACUCCCCCCCACAUACAUGUACACACAUGCACACAUGCAUACAUGUUGACACCAAAGCCUUUUCACACUUUUGCUCGCAUUCUUUCUGUGUCUUACGUUCCCUGGUGAUAUCUUCGUACAGAGUGCUGCAAAUUUUUAUCCUUUCUCUUUCUCUAGAGGCCACGAUAAUUGUGUUAUGGUAUAGUAUAUUGUAUUUGACAGGUCAUCUGGGAGCACUUUGACAGGGCUACGAAAGUCUUGUGAGGCAGUAAAAAACUACUGUGCAAAUAGGCAUGCUCUAGCGGAACAGUGAAAUUAUUGCUGUCAGGCCCACUCAUAUUUGUAGCCCACUGCUAUAGUGCUGUUUCCCAGCCUUCGUAGCAGCAAAGUAGAUCUACAAAUGAACAUUGCAUUUUGUGUGGUGACGUGGGACCAGAUAUUUUAAUGACACUUCAUUUUUGUCAGGCCAUUCCUAUUCUUUGUCACUGGCCCAUGUGUACUAAUUGCUUGCCACGUCUCACCACUCUAAGCCACUGGGUGUGAUUGUCAUUGGCACAAGUGCAUAGUACUAGCGUACAACCUUUGUCUGCAUCGGCUACAGGGCAUGGGGGAUGAAAAGAACAGAAUUGUUACGAAACACGGCCCUUUGCCGAGUUGUGAAGACUGAAACUUAACGAUACUUUUGUUACACAAAUGGCCCUUACUACACCAGAGGUAAGAGCAAUUUUAGCCUAAUGGUAAACCUAAUGGCAAUGUGCUUGGCCAUCCAAGUUCUAUUCUUGAUUGGCAGAGUGGUGGCCUUUUUGUUGGAGGCAUACUGUGGAAUUUAAUUUCUAGAGUACCUUCAAAAGUGGAUGCAUAUUACCACAGUUUCCUCUGUAUUUCAGUUAAAGGACACUGGUAUUGACACAGAAACUGUGAGGAGCCAAGGCGCUCUUUUCUUCUUUUUUUUAACACAAAGAGGUCAAGUAUGUUUGGUUGCACUUACGCUUACUACAUGCUGGUUUUGCGAAUGCAACACCAGCAAACUGUGGUUCGCAAUAACUGAAGUUAAACCCAGUUACUUUAUGAUAAAGCUAACUUUAACUUACACUGCCCACAUGAUGUGGGUGUGACAAAAGGCAGUUCUGAAAAUUGUAGGAGGCGAGAGAGAGCACUGCGAAGUGAUAGGGGCUGUCUCAAAAUGUGUGGCGUUUUUGCUCAAUUUCAUAACACUCGGCACAGAGCUGUACAUUCAGCUGCUGAUGUAUGACAUACUACGUGCUUGGAUUUCACCAUUACAGUGUUAGAUGCGCUAUUGUAAUAAUUACCAAGUCCAAAAGAGGCAUGAAUGUUGCUGUUCUAUAAUGGCAUUGUUGGUAGCACAGCUGAUGUCAAGCUACAUAUAUAUGUAAUUGAGCUGCAUAUAGUUCCAUAUUUUCCAUAAUUGAGCUGCAUAUAGUUUCUCGAGCAGGCAUAGUAUCACACGCUCUUUGUUGUCUGCUUGCUGCUGUGGCUAUGUGUUUAGGUUCAGAAUCGAUUGUGCGAGUGAAGAGCAAACAAAGUUGCUCAUCUUAUGUGCAAGUUCUGUCUGUGUUUUGUCGAGGCAACUUAAUUGGCAUUGUCUCAACCAUGUCGUCUUAUUCCACAUACCGAACUGUCUUUUUCUCAUCCAGCACCAAUUCCAUAAAACAGCAACUGCUCUGAGCAGUGCGUGGUUUGCGUAUGCACCAACGCUUCAACUGUACUUGCGUCACCUUUGACGGGGGCUGCAAUAGUGUGCACAUUCCCAGGUUACGUGCAUGCAGAAGUGGGCACAUGUAGUUUUUGUAGUUACUGCUGGUUUUGUGCAGUAAUAAUCUGGCGAUAUACUACAUAUGAAAACAUAGUGGAUGACAAGGAACAGACGUUCAGGCAUCAGGCACAUACCUUGUAAAAUGCCUUACCCUUCGUUUCUUUUUUUUUUGUACGUGUCAUUUCUGUUGCUCUACUGUGUUGUGUCGUCUUGCAUUAUUGCUUUUUGAGGCUGCUCAAAAAGUUUCAAGUGAGUCUAUCUAGACCAUCUUUUAUCCUUGUUCCUUCUAGUGAUAUAGAGUCUACAGUUGCCCACAUUGCCUUUGUCAGUGGAAAAUUAUCCUAUUUGUAGCGACUCUGCUGCAUGCUACUAAAGCCCUUGUUACAUGCAUACUUUCAGAAAGAAUCCUAACCAAUAACAAAUUCAAAUCUGAGUGUCCCAUCAGAUUCAUUCCGUUACUUUGCACAAAUGAGCCUGUAGGUCUCGCUUGAUUCUAUUGUCUUUGAAAAUAAAUCUGAUAAGAGUAUAAGAACAAGCGAAGUACAAUACCUCAUGUGUGAAACAGGAAAAAAAACUGACAAACUUGCAUGAAUUUCAUCUCGGAAAGCGGUGCAAAUGCUGGCUCUUAGUAGUCAGCAUCGCAACGUUAAGUUUCAGAAAAAUACCAUGUUACUGAAUGGUUGUGUUGUGAAAAGGAGUACACUUUAGGGCGUAUACGUGCUUUAGGUCUGGCAUCUUCAGCUGGGCAUUGAAGAGUCAUAGUAAGGCUGUAUCUUGUAAUGGCAUGCAGUCAAAUGUAGUGUAAACACUGUAGUGUUUGUUGAUUAAUGUUAAAGUGCACUUUUGCACUUGACCUAAUAUUAAUGCAAUAUCUCGUAGUGCGCAAUCAUGUGCCAGCUGUACACGCUUUUGUCUCACCCGACAAACGAGUGCAAUGGGCUAGAAUGGCUUACAAACACUGCACAAGGUUUUAAUGGCAUUUUAUGGCAGUCGCCAGUUUUUCCAACCAGUGCAAGCUUAAUUACCUCUGUAAAACUUCUCUGGUAAAAUUUAAGAAAGGGCAGACUCUAUGGAGAUUAUAAUGGUAACAGUGCUUUUUUGGUGACAUUUAAAAUUUAAAUAACUAAAUUAUCCCGCAAGCUUUGUGGUUGCCGUCUUUAGCAAGACAUUAAUGAGAAACUCCCUAGCAGCACAUAGCAGCCACGUUCAGGAGGUUCCCCCUUUUUUUUCAUUUUGUUUUUUUUUUUAAGAGUUACAUCAGCCCAUUUAUAUAAAUCUGUCGAAGGAAACAGCAUUAAAAACAUAGACUAGAAAGUAACAUAGGUUGGGUGCUGCCCUCUUUUAGUUGCCAACUUUCCUGAUGUCGGCUUUAAUAAGCACUACCGCUGCUUUAUAUCCAUGUAAGCUCACUGCAGAUACUUGUUUGGACUCAUAGUGCUUCAUUUUCAGGGACUAAGACUCCGUGCUGAGCACGUUGUUUCCAUUGCAGUUCACAAACUGCACUACGUUCCAGUUUAAAAAAUUUUAUCUUGCUUUUCAUAUGCUUGCCAAGAUACUAUGUAGCCUCUCCUAUUUAGCAAUGUCUUCAGCAUUCCUUGUAAAGAGAUUGCUUUUUUUUUACUCUGCAUUUUUAACUGCAAAGAGAUUAAAGUGUGCUUCAUGUUUACACCUUUGUCAUGCCUAUGUUGCUGCUGUAUUAAAGCCUGCAACUUUUACUUUUGUACACACUAGGCAAACUUUUUUUUUUUCGCAUUUACUUGCCAGCAGUUCUUAUAUCUGAGUUAGGGGAAAGUGUAUGUAUAUUGUAAAGUUAAAGUGGAAAUAUGAUAUUUAGUAGGAAAAAUCUUUUUUUAAAGGAUUGUUCUCUUUUGUUUUGUAAUAAAAUGUUUGUUUCAGUGCAUUUA